GAGUCCGGUGCCUGAUCAGAUCCGGCCACUCUUCGUCAACACACUUCUCUCCCUCCUGUGUUGACUCGAAUCUGCCCCGCUUCAGGAAAACAACUGAGUCCAAGCGCUGUUCUAGGGAGAAGUUUCGCACCGACCUUAGGUUCUAUUCACCCCAACCCUACGGCAUACCAGUCGCUCUGAGCCUCCGAUACGUCCGUUUACCUUUCACUUCAUGUGGCCUAGUCAGCGAGCCUUGGCAGGUCACGACUUCUUUUAUAGCAGGUCGCCGCUCCGACUGCUUCCUGCUCUCCUCACACAACACCACCCCAUCGAUCCCGAAUCCGCAGGCACCAUGGAUGAAGACAGCAUCAAGCAUGUCUCUCGGCGUCUUAUCCUCCAGUCUGUCUCUCAAAUUCAGCGCCCUCGAAAGCCGGCCCACCUUCACCCCGUCCUCGGCGUCACCGAGCUACUCGAACAAGUCCUUGAGAACCUGCCCAUGGGCGACAUCCUAUUUGGCGCUCAACUGACAUGCAAACUCUGGAAGGAGUGCGUGGGUGGCUCAUUGAGACUCAAACAGAAGUGUUUUCUUGUUCCGGUGGCAGCUGAGGAGCACCUACAUUCGCUUAGCCUCAACUCUAGCGGAGUAGGGGUCCGUCCAAGGGACUACCACACUUGCCCAGCUUUCCUCAGAGACAUUGGUGAGACCUCCGUUGCGUAUAAGCGGCUCUGGGACGCACUCAUCAGCGGCGAAUUAUACCUCCGCAACUUUCAGCAGCUCGUCUGUCUCUACACCCUCCACAUGCAAAACGGAAAUUGCGACAAAUGGGUGGAAGGAUACGACAUGUAUUUCGCGGGCGGGCGACGUUAUCUUUUGGGCAUCCUGACUCAGCGGUGCAUCCAUCCCUUCAUCCGCCAAUGCGACGCGCCCCACCGUCCUCUGCUGACAUGGGCCGCCUAUGGCUCCGAACUGGUGUUCUUUGUGGAAAACGCAGGUUUCAACGGCAUAUCCCAGAUCCGAUAUCUCAUCGGGGUCUUGAAGAGAAAUCUAAAGGGACAGUCAGCUGCAGCUUCCUGGAGGACCGCACAAGUCUCGCGACCGGCCUGCUCGAAACUAACGGUCCCUGUCGGAUCUUCGAAUAAUGCACGACCGCUAGACAAGGAAGCAAGCACUUGCAAUACCAAUGGAGUCACGGUUGCCCAAUUCUUCCAGCUUAUCGCGGAAGUGUGUGCGAAGAGGCUCCACGAGUAUCCAGAAGAUGACUGGGAACUUGAGUACUCUAUGUAUGGCGCCAAUAAUCCGCAUGAGGGCGCAUGGUGGAACGCUCCUCGAUAUAAAGAACCGGAUGCCGAAGAUACGGAACAUCCGGAGUUCGCGAACGGAGACUCGGACGCAGACGAACUGCAGGAAGAGGGCGAAGACCAGGAAGCCAAGGAGAGACGGAAGUACAUGCAGCGCGUCCCUCGGGAGGUUGAGGAGUUCAAAGCGCUUGUGAGCACGCACGGAGCCUGAUUAGAUCUGCAUCACUAGAGGUCUUUGGGCUUCUGCAUCGGAUCCUAAACUGACUUCACCUUGGAAUUGGGCUGCACAUUUUGCGCGCCGCAUUUUCCGCAGUGUGCGGCACGCUCAGUAUCCCGAGCUGAGCAGAACUUGAGGUGGCAUCUGUAC